GGUCAUGUGAGGGGCGGCGCAUCCCGGCGGGAGCGGGCGGUGGGAUGGCGGCGGCCGCCGGUGCGGGCGAGCGGGGUGGAGCCGAGCUGCCGGACGCCGGCCCCGGCGCGGACAGCGGCAACGUGUCCCAGAGCCAAAGCAGGGCCUCUGGCCUCGGGGAGGCGGAGGACGAGGACGCCUCGGAGGCGUCGCUCAGCGCCACCGCCGCCGCCUACUCCGCGUACCUGCUGGCCGACCGCAGCCUCUUCAGCGAGCAGAUAGAAAGCUUAGACAAGAGUCUAGAAGACUUACUGACCAGGGUGGAUGAAUUCGUGGGAAUGCUGGACAUGAUUCGAAGUGAUUCCUCUCAACUUGUCAAUGAAAGUAUACCUCAGAUUUACACAAAAGCUACAGAAAUGAGGCAGAUAUAUAGGAAGAUUGACAAACUAGAGGCUUUUGUGAAAAUGAUUGGGAAUAGCGUAGCUGGACUGGAAGAAAGGGUCAUAAAGGCAGAAACAGACCUUGGAGCUUUUCCAAGCACAUUCAAGAAAAUCUUGCACACAAUCAGCAUACCAUCCUUCCUUAAUAAAUCGUCUUCCUCACGACAACAGCAGACCCUCUAUGAACCUCCAGUCCUCUUCAAGACUGAAGACUACUUUCCAUGUCUUAAUGAAGCACCAUAUUGAUGAUUUUUGCUUUGGGAUUGAUAUAAAUCAGCCAGAAUAGAGAGAGCCAAGUGAACAAAAGGAAUGCCAACCUCAGAACAGCUGCAUUUUCUAAGCACUAUUGAUGGCAUAUUGCCAUUCUGAUUCUCAUUGUCUUCCUUCAGGCAAUAUUUUCAGGUAAUCUUUGUGCACAUUAUUUCAAAAGCCUUCCUAAAACACCAUGUAAGUUUUCAGAUUAUUUUGGGGAAGGAAUUUAAGAAUAUUUUUGCAUUAAAUUGUUUUUUUAAUGUGGAAAUAAUAGGAAACAUACUAUUGUAUAUAAGAUUUUUUAACACGUAAAUAUCUGUGCAAGUGUAAAUAGCUAUACGACAAGGUUGGGAGUUUAUUUGCCUUUUUUCAUAAUGUGCUGAUUAAGGUGAAAGAAAAACUAUUUAUAAAAUCAUCUAUUCCAAGGUUUUAAGCCUGGUCCUUGCAGUUUGUACAGAGAAAUGUACCACAUUGGGAUGUACUUGUAGAGGGAGGACUUGGAAGAUCAUCAAGGAAUAAAGGACAUGGCUUAAUGCAUGGUGAUAAAGUCCCUGUUCACAAAGCAAACAUCCUGCCCCACUGAUGAUCCUCAGGUCACAGUGACCCAAGCUUUUAAUUAUUGCAUCAUUGUAUUGUUUGAUGUGUAACCAGUUGGGCAUGGAAUAGACUUUCAUAUAUAUAUAUAUAUAUAUGUGUGUAGAAAGAGAGAGAGAUAUUGAUGUAUAAAACUUGCUGUCAAAAAGAACAAGUAUCUAAGUUGAGGGAGGGAUGUUGACCCUGGACUGGACCUGACCAGAUUGCAUUUCCUUCACAACUCUCUGUGGUUACUGAGGCUUCCUGUGCUGAUUGCAGUUUAUAUUGUCAAUAAACUAAUAGCUGGAUACCCCCUGUUGUGGUCUUGCAUUUUACCAGACAGUAAUGACCCACCUAGCAGGUGUUAAUCAUAAAUUGAUGUAUUCCUCUGAACAAGUUUUAUGUCUGCUGCUCUGUUGAUAAUGUGAAUCACUAGAAGUACUCAGAAUUCAAGUCUGGGAGGAAUGCUUUAGAGAAACAAUAUAAAACAGGUAUGGAGUUGCAGAGCAGAGAUUAUAUAUUAAUAGCUCCUAUCUCCAAAGACCAGCAGGGGUUGGGUUCUAAACAUCUUCAGGAUCUGAAGCAACAUUUAUUAAAAACUGAAUCCAAGAUUUUCAAGUCAAAGUUAGUAGGCUCCUAAAGCAGUUCUGAUGUAAAACUUACCUGAAUUUUAACAUCAAGUCUCUAGAAAAAUAAUCACAUAUGAACAUGCAGAAAGAAACAGACAUGACUUUGAAGAAGGGCUCUCUUCCCAUCCUCCUUACUUUCAUAAACAAUUCAUUAUUCAGAUGUUCCACUGGAGCAACAGUUGCAUUUCUGAAAGGCGUGGUGCCUUCCAGUGUAUGCAUAAAUAAUACUUGAAGGUUUAUCCCUCCUCAGUGGGAUCUAAUAAAAUUACAUACUUAGUGUAGCAGCAUCAGGCUACAGUCAAAUACUCUCAAACAUAGUAAUACUGGUAUGAAAAAAAAAGUUAUAUUUAGAACAACUUUCUAAUUAAAUUAAUCACCUUCUCAAAUAACUUUGCCCUCUGCUGUGUGGAGCCAAAAUGCAGUUCCUUUUUAACAGAUGAUGUUUGAAAAAUUAAUAAAGAUCUCGAUGAGUUUAUACA